UGACUGCCUAACUGACUGUAUGUCGAGUUGUAUGUGUCUUUGAUCAGCUGCUGUCUCCUUCUUUCCCUCCGUUAGUCCGUUUCCCUCCCUCCCUCCCUCGGCGGCUCUGCUAGUCUCUCGCUCUUUCAAAAGAAGAGUUUAAAGAUUAUGAACGAUACUUUAGCUGACACUCCUAGUGGUCGGGACAGCCCUAAGAGAAAGGAUAAAAUAGAAUCAGUUUUAAGCAGGACAGCAGGUGGGGGUAGAGUAAGACGUAGGAAAGGUUUCACUUCAAAUCGUGUUUCAGGACUACGUGUGGCAGCUUUAAGAAUGGCUGAGAGCAACGAAGAGUUACCCCCUCCUCCUGGAGAGGAGGGCAUGGCUACAAAUACAACAACCGAUUCUACUCCUCCACAAUAUAUUGAUCUAACUAAUGAUUCAUUCAUAGACUUAACAACGCAACAAUCUCCGUCAAUACAAAGAUAUUCUCAUUCAUCGUCAUCCUCUGAAACUCCUAUAUCACCAGAUGUCGUCUUUAUCAGUCAAACGUACAAUAACGACGAUUGCAUAAUUAGCUCUGCAAGGUCAUCAAGUAGUAGCAGUAAGAGAUUGAAAAAGACAGAAGAGAAAGACACGGCUUUGGCGGACAGUAAAAAGUUGACACUCUCCUGUCCCGUUUGUCUUGAAACAGUUCCACAGUUUGAAUCCAAAGGUCGUAAAGUUUCUGCCACGAUAUGUGGACAUAUUUUCUGCAAUUACUGCAUUAGAAAUGCCAUAAUUACUUCGCAUAAGUGUCCUUCGUGUAGAAAAACUUUAACUUUAAAACAAUAUCAUCAAUUAUAUCUUUGAUUUACAUGUCAAAUAAUUAUUGUCUUGUGUGUGCAUAGUAAUUAUUAACACUAACCAGUCACAUUUUAA